AGACGACGUCAUCGUCCUGCGACGUUGUGGAUUUUCCCUGAGACGGAGAAGAAAGCAACAUUUUAUUUUACGGUUUUACUUGUGAUUCUUUUACAAGUUGGCAUUUCCUGCACUUAAUAACACGUACAUCAAGCAAAGGUCUGACUUGCGUCACUGUCACUGGGUUCCAGAAGCUUGCCCGUACAACUUCUUGAAGGGAUGUCCAGCAGGAAGCGGAAACCUAACUGGACAGAGCAGGAGUGUCUUCUUCUUGCUCAGUUAUUGCAGGAGAGAAAAGAAGCAAUCAGAGGGAAGUGCGGCAUUGAAGUUUCAAUACAGGAUAAAAGACAAGCCUGGAAGCAAGUAGCCCAAUCCAUCAACAAUGUCUUUCCACAGAUUCAUAGGACAGUUUAUGACUGUAACAAAAAGUGGGAAAAUCUACUGGCAAAGUCUAAAGUGGAGAUCAAACGCCAGAAAAGGCAAGCGGGCACAGGCCUGUCCGUUGACCAGCUCACUACUGUGACUCAAGUGGUGGUUUCCGUGAUGGGCAUUUCAGAUAUGCUGCACCACAAUACAGAAGACUCUCCAAGCUCAGGGUUGCUGGAGAUUAAAAAAAACAGCGAUGAAGAUCGAAAGGACCAGAAAAUAGAUGAAAGAUUCUCAAAUAAUCAUCCAUUGAGAGAGCCUGAGCUCCCCACAUAUUCAGAUGAAUCCACUUCUCCAGCAGAACAUAAAAUGACAGAUUUUGAUAACGUCUCAAAAUCACUUGCGGUGCAUAUUAGCACUCAUCGUGCUGAUGGCUUUGCCGCUUCUGCAGAACCUGUAGAUACUCUGUACUCAUCUCCUCCACCUGCAGUGAACGGCACAGCUUUGCAAGAGCGAAUGGAUUUGGAAAUGUCUGUGCUAAGAAGACAAGAGGCUGUCCUUAAGCUGCAAGAGGAAUAUUACACACUGAAAAUUAAGCUGAUGAAAAAGCAAACGGAACACCCUCUUUCAAAGGACUGAAGUCCUUGAACUGUUGUACCUGCAGGACAUUAUCAAUUAAAACAGUUCAUAAAUGUGUGUUUUUAAGAUGCCUGCCAAGCAUUGUUCCUUUCUGGCAGUUCCAUGUGGUUAGAAACUCACUAUUUGUUUAAAGAUAUUCCAGUUUACUAAGGGCAGGGUUAUAUUGCUAAGACACACACUAUAUUUUAGAAUAUAAACCACGGUUUAAGGAGAACAAAUGACACCUCAAUAAAAGUUCACACAACCAUACUUAUUUUAACUGCCGAAUUAAAGCUGUAUAAUUUUAAAAUUCUCAAAAUCAUAUUAUGCUUUGAAGUAAGUGUAAAUGAGUUUGCUUCAUCUGGCAUGGAAAUCUAACUCCUAUGUAUAGUUUUACACUGAGAAAUGUAGCCUAGUAGUAACUGAUUCAUGCCAUUUAGUCCUGAGUGCAAAUUUGGAAGCUGUUAAUGUUUGACAUAUACCAAUAUACAUAUUUGUUUAAAAUAACCUGAACUCAGUCAUGCCAAUGUAAGUAAAGCUACAAUAAUGUCCUGUCUAGACUAAUGUAGUAAUUUGUGCGUAAUAUUUCUCAUAAAUCCAUUCAUUUGUAAGUGACAGGAGUUGGCACCCAGAUGUGAGCAGUUUAGAACCCAAGUGUUGAAUAAAAGCCUCUUACUUGC